UAAUGAACCUGAAGAAGUCGCAAAUAAGAUGGAAAACACACUUGAUUUGUUGUUUAGAAGUGUUGAAGAUUUAAAGAACACUCUAAACAAAAGGAUUGAUGCUUUGGAGGAUAAAAUUGAUGGUUUGUGUUGUGACGUGAAGGAUAUGUUCACAGUUGAUGGCAGGAAAAGGAAGGGGGCGGUAGACCAUGUGACGAGGGUUGAACGAAGGAAAAGGAAGGAGAAUGGAAAGGAAGUAUUGAGCGUUCAAGGGAGAAAAAGGAAGAGGAUGGGAGCUCACUAUCGAGGGAAGAAAAAGAAGGCUGAUCAAUGUGAAGAAGAAGAAGCGGUAGAGGAAAAAGUAGAAGAAGAAGAGGAAGAAGGGGAAGAAGAAGAAGAAGAAGAAGAAGAAGAAGGUGAAGAAGAAGAAGAAGAAGAAGAAGAAGAAGAAGAAGGGGAAGAAGAAGGGGAAGAAGAUGAAGAUGAUGAUGAUGAUGAUGAUGAGGCUACAAAAGAAGAAGAAGAAGAAGAAGAAGAAGAAGAAGACGACGUGGAAGUAGACGGAAAACAAGAAUCUGAAAAAGAAGAAGAAGAAGAAGGUGGAAAAGGAAACUGGCAAGGAGAAGAAGCAGAAGAAGAAGGGAUCAACGGAGAAAAGGUAAAGCAGGUUUUCGAUAUGCAAGCAGACGGGGGAGCAGAAUGCAGUCAAGGCGAAGGUCAGCAGCUUGUCCAGAAAGCUGUGUAUGAUUUGUAUCAAGAUAAUAUCAUCAACACCCAAGAGUAUGCUAUAGCUUGUUUAACUCUUGGACCUGUUGAGCUUGUGUAUGAGCAGGCAACUUCCUGUUACAACGCCACAACCGUGACUUUGAUGGACUAAUGUCAUGAUUAUGUUCCAAAUUCGCCAUAGUAAUAGUAAAGACACCUUCAUCAUCACAUGUUGCCGUAAUUCGGGCUGUGCAACCACAAUUAGAUCGGGCUUGUGGCUUUAGACAAUUCUUAGAUCGGCUCACCCUAUUACCUUCUCUACCACAUGAGAUUGUGAUAGAACGUAUUGUUCCAUAACAUCCCCUCCUCAAACUUCUCUUUUUAAUGGGAAACCCCAUUCCCUUUGCAUAAGUAUGGUAGAAUU